CUCUACAUCCUGGUCCAUGGCACGAUGCCGUUCGAUGGCCACGACUACAAGACUCUGGUCAAGCAGAUCACGAGCGGGGACUACCGGGAGCCCACUAAGCUAUCAGAUGCCUGCGGGCUGAUCCGGUGGAUGCUGAUGGUGAACCCAGAGCGCCGCGCAACCAUCGAGGACAUUGCCACGCACUGGUGGGUGAACUGGGGCUACAAAGUGCCCAUUGGGGAGCAAGAGCUGCUGCGGGAGAGCGAUUCCCCCCUGGCCACGGUGGCAGAGUGGCUUCGACGCUCCUCUCGGCCCCUCCUGGAGAACGGCUCCAAGAUGCGGUGCUUCUUGAAGCAGCACAUCCCCGGCGUGGCCCUGGAGCGGCAGCGCUCCCUCAAGAAGUCCAAGAAGGAGAAUGAUGUCUCCCAUGCGCUGCAAGAGGUGGCUCUGACCCCGGAGAACCCCUCCAAGUCCAUCCUCAAGCGACCCAAGGGCAUCCUGAAGAAGAGGAACUCCUGCGAGCAGAAGGUGCCUGGCCCCAGCCCCCCGCCGGCAAUGCCCAUGGGAGAGGCGAGGGGCGAGGAUGGCGCGGGGCUCACCCAGAUCCUGUCCGCUUGGACGCUGCCUUGCAGCACGGGCGUUGGAGCAGUGCCCAUGGCUGUGCCCAAGAAGGGAAUACUGAAAAAGCCCUCGACGAGGGAGUCGGGGUAUUACUCAUCCCUGGAGUGCUGUGAAUCUGGGGAUGUCCUGGAUGCGGGGAGCUUGGACCUCGAUGGGAACGUCUUUGCUGACACCCCCUCCCCGGAGCAGGGCCCCCAGGGUCUCCCCGUCCGCCGAAAAGGCAUCCUCAAGCACAAUGGCAAGUACUCCUCUAGCAGCACCGAGUCAGAGAGUCCCUCCGGGCAGGGCUUCGGGGGCUUCAGUGAGGUGCCCCUGCCCCAGGCACCCCGCGCCCGCCCGUCCAGCGCCGUGAGUGAGGACAGCAUCCUCUCCACGGAAUCCUUCGACCAGCUCGACCUGCCCACCCGUGUCUCCCACGGCAGCGGGAGCAUGCGGGGCUGUGUCUCUGCCGACAGCCUGCUGCGGCUGGAAGAGGAGGAGGAGGUGGAGGAAGGGCGCAGGCUGCGCCGCUGGACUGUGACCCAUUGCCGGAGCCCCUUGGGGGAGAGCAGCUUGUUCCUGGCGGGCCACGACCAAGCCACUGAAACUGAAGUCUACCGGCGUGCUGUGGCCAUCGGCAUGAAGUUGAGCUGA